AUGCUAACAGCAACAGAACCAUUUCUCUGCUUGUCAUUCUGUCCUUUGCAAGAGCAUGUCAGGGGGAAAUGCAGUGUCGCCCUCCUGAAUGAGACAGAGUCAGUAUUGUCAUAUCUUGAUAAAGAGGAUACCUUUUUCUACUCAUUGGUCUAUGACCCCUCAGUGAAAACACUAUUAGCUGACAAGGGUGAAAUCAGAGUGGGACCUAGAUAUCAAGCAGACAUUCCAGAAAUGCUCUUAGAAGGAGAGUCAGAUGAGAGGGAACAGUCAAAAUUAGAAGUUAAAGUUUGGGACCCAAAUAGCCCACUUACAGAUCGACAGAUUGACCAGUUUUUAGUUGUAGCACGUGCUGUUGGGACGUUUGCUCGAGCCCUUGAUUGCAGCAGUUCUGUGAGGCAGCCUAGUUUGCAUAUGAGCGCAGCUGCGGCUUCUCGAGACAUCACUCUGUUUCAUGCUAUGGAUACAUUGUAUAGACACAGCUAUGAUUUGAGCAGUGCAAUUAGUGUCUUAGUGCCACUGGGAGGACCUGUUUUAUGCAGAGAUGAAAUGGAAGAAUGGUCAGCCUCAGAAGCGAGUUUAUUUGAAGAGGCACUGGAAAAAUAUGGAAAAGACUUCAACGAUAUACGUCAAGACUUUCUCCCUUGGAAAUCACUGACUAGCAUCAUUGAAUAUUAUUACAUGUGGAAAACUACUGACAGAUACGUGCAGCAGAAACGUCUAAAAGCAGCAGAAGCUGAGAGUAAACUGAAACAAGUGUAUAUCCCAACUUACAGCAAACCAAAUCCCAACCAAAUAUCCACCAGCAAUGGCAAACCUGGUGCUGUGAAUGGAGCCAUGGGGACCACGUUCCAGCCACAGAAUCCCCUUUUAGGGCGAGCCUGUGAGAGCUGCUAUGCUACGCAGUCUCAUCAGUGGUAUUCUUGGGGCCCACCUAAUAUGCAGUGUAGAUUAUGUGCAACCUGUUGGCUCUAUUGGAAAAAAUAUGGAGGCCUGAAAAUGCCCACCCAGUCAGAAGAAGAGAAGCUAUCUCCCAGCCCAACUGCAGAGGACCCGCGCGUUAGAAGCCACGUGUCUCGCCAGGCCACGCAGGGGAUGCCCGUGCGCAACACUGGGAGCCCCAAGUCUGCGGUGAAGACCCGCCAAGCUUUCUUCCUUCACACCACGUAUUUCACAAAAUUUGCUCGUCAGGUCUGCAGAAAUACCCUCCGGCUGCGGCAGGCGGCGAGACGGCCGUUUGUCCCUAUUAAUUACGCUGCCAUUAGGGCAGAAUAUGCAGACAGACAUGCUGAACUAUCUGGAAGUCCACUGAAAAGCAAAAGCACUAGGAAGCCUUUGGCAUGUAUCAUUGGGUAUUUAGAGAUCCAUCCUUCGAAGAAACCUAACGUGAUUCGAUCUACACCAAGCCUGCAAACCCCAACUACCAAGCGGAUGCUAACCACCCCAAAUCACACGUCUCUGAGCAUUUUGGGGAAAAGAAACUACAGUCAUCACAAUGGCCUGGAUGAACUCACAUGCUGCGUGUCAGACUGAGCUAUUCCCGUUUCAUCCUAUAAUCCAAGACUUGCUACACUGUCCCGCUGAUGUUCACGGCCGUGCCUGGCAAGGAGGCAGUCCCAUUCCCAGUACAUAUCAGCGGGAGAUCUCCAUGUGCGCCCGAUGGAGACUUGAUGGGGCAGGGGAAGAAACUAGAGGAGUGCACGGCCCGAAAGCAGAGUCUCCACGUGUGGAUCAGUGUCUCUUCGCUUUCCUCCCAGAGACAUGGCUGUCCCAGCAGGACUUGCCCAGGAAUUGAGGGGAUGAGGGAGUCAUUCCACCCCCGUCCUUCUCCAGCACACCGCACCCUGGGCACAGCAGCUCCUGGAGCAGUGGGGCAGCUGAGAGCUCAGAGCUGCUGCUGCCCUGCAUGCGUCAGCCCAGCUCUGUUGUAAGCUGUAUGGUUGUGUACAGGAGGGACAUGGCAUCUUUCUGAAUGGAUUUUCCCUAACAAACGCGCCAGUGUUGCACUUCACAACAUUUCCCCCCAUCCUUGCUGUUAUUGUCACUGGCUUUUUCUCAAUAGGCUUCGUAGUUAUUUUUUUUUAAUGGGAAAAUAUCCCUCUUCACCCCCUGCACCCCAUAUUUGACCCCCACCCCCACCCCCCAUACCUCCAAGGUACAGAAUUACUUGAGAUUCUGACAAAAGAUAAGAAAACCAUCAUUGGGAAGCCUGUGAAUUCUUCACAUCAUCUGCAUUUUGUCCUUGAUAAGAGGCUGGUAGUCUACUUGGUUCUGCUUGGUCCUGGACAGCUCCCACAGGAGCCAGUGUUACACUGAGCCACAUGUGUGUAUCACUGUGACACGCCACUUGCACACUGUCCUGUUCCCUUAUAGCCAGACCAGCUGAGGAGGAAUGACAGCCAGGUUGGGCCUUCAGCAAGUCACCCAUCACCGGGUUUACGUUAAGCAGAUGGAAUCUGUUUGGCCUGGGAGGGUGAAGUCACAGAGCUAUGUUUGCAGGUGAGUCUGUGAAUAGGACACCAUGAGCCCCCACCCUUCUGACCCAAAGGUUUCUGUGAGCACACGUGUCUAGGCCCUGGGAAACCUGCCUGCAACCCCGUUUCCACUGGCUGUGGCUCUUCCCCUCUGCUCUCAGCACCAGCCCUUGCUGGCAUCACAGGCUGGCCGCUCUGCAGCUCUGUGCACACAGCUGCAGGGAUAGGAAUAACUUAAUGCCCCAUUGGCUCCCUGAGCAGAUGAGUCUGGCCACGCCCCUGCUCUCCAGGCUGUAGGACAGGGUCACAGCACCGUGAAAGACAACGGGGGUUUGGCUGGCCUCCCAGCCAUCUCGGAUCUGCAGCUGGGAGGCAGCUGGAUGGCAGAUAGUAGGAGCCCCAAGGGGCCAGGAGGUUGCAGAACAGAGUGGCUACAACUAAGUUGACCCCUCCCUACCCUCUACCCUCUCCUCCUGUCCCCAGGCAGAGUGAGUUAUCACUAUAAUGAUGAUGACACUCUAGAUAUCUAGAUCCUUAGAGCUAGGUUCAGCUCAGCAGAGAAUGCGAUGGGUGCUGGUUGGAGGCGCUGCUCAGAGCUUGAGCUGCCUUUUCCUUGUCUAGUUUUGCAGUCUCUGUGGCUUCUCUUCUGAGGAGGCGUUGGUUCUCAUCUUAGCCUUUUGCGGGGGUGACCCAGGGAUGUUGUCACCAUUGCCAACUCUUGGAGCUAUUCUGGGUCUUGGCUUGGGGCCCCAAGGGUGGGCCUGUGUCAGGUGCUCAGUGAGCCGGGUGGAGGUGGCAGGCAUUGUCCUCAGGGUUCCCCACAAAGAAGCCCUUUCAGAAAAGACCCAGGGAGAAGAGGCAACUGGCUGUCUGCAUUAAGCGCCACUUGGCGUGUUCUUCUCUAAAGAAAGAGACACGUGAAAGCUGCCUCUCUGUGCCCCUGUCCUGGAUUUAUUGUUGCACAUGGAUGUAGAAGGUGGAAUAGUUCAUUCUUUCACUUUCCUCUCCUAACCCACAUAAAAUAGUGACUGUUGAUUAGAGAAACCGUUACCUGCCCGUGACCUUACUGCCAGCCUCAGUCUCUCUGCCUGUGGCCGGCCUUACCCAGGCCCAGGAGAUCCGGAGACGGGGGCCAGGCCAGGUCUGCAGGAAGAACAGGGAGGCCCACCCCCAGUUCCAGGUCACAUUUAGCUUUGGGACAAAUGCUGCUCAUUUUGAGCCACAUGUACCAAGAAAGCUCUUCCUCCGCCUUGUAAGAGCUCCUGGCUCUACAGCCCCACCCUCUGACGGAGAGGAUGUUGACUAAGACCUUAUGCUCUGACUUCACCUCGCAAAGUCCCCCAGCACUCUGAUCAUUCCAGGGAAUGGAGGAAGGACACCAAGGAGCCUCUAACAUUCGUCUUUGCCAUUCUUGGCACUUGGUGCUGAGAGGGUUUCCCAGACACCCCGUUUCUGGGACCACAGCGUCACCCUUGUGUAUGUCAGUGGCGUCUCACUGUUGUGCAAUGAGCUUGUGGGUGGAACUUACAGAGUGUGUCUGCAUGGCGCAUAGCCUGUGCUGAGCCUGGUCUGUGCCCCUUUGGGUGAGGAUCCAGAAGCUUUGCAAGUCAUCUUCCCUCUCCUUCAUCAUUGCCCCCCCACACACACACACCCCGAUUUCUCAGCAGUGAUACGAAAGAGGAGGUUGUUGAGACAGGUUUUUUUAGCAUACCUCUCAAGUCCACCUUGCUCACAGCCCAGUUUCUAUCAGUCAGCAUCCAAUCAAGGAAACAGAAACCACUCUAAGAAUUACAACCCUGAGUUUUAAUCCAGAUCAUUGUUGAGCACAGUAACAAGAAAAGUUGAGAGGCCAAAUCGGGGGGAGGAGGCAACCCAGAGUUGGGGAGUGACAGCAGGAAGGCUGGUUGGACACGGGGGAAAGGCCGCUCUGUGUUACUAGAGCCCCGGGUUGAGGAACCUGGUGCCACACAGCGCCUAUCUGGUGGGAGCUGCAGCCGUGAGGAUGCCUUGUCCCUGCCAGAAACAAUCCCCUAAGCAGAGAGGGGGAGAAAGGCCUGGCUUCCCCCUACCUGUGCCUUCCAGAUUUCUGCAGGUGCCUCUUGUUAGCUAAACCCAGCUGGGAGCCCCUGACUGGGGGGCCUGGGACAAGCAGCCUGCAGUGGUCAGCCCCCCACCACUCAGAGCAGAGCAGGGGAGGGCAAGGAGCGGGCCAGAAGGCAGCAGGCCGGGCGUGCAUGGCCUUGGUUUGCUGUGUCACGCGGAGCCUGAUGUCCAUGCCCCAUGCCUUCCUGAGCCCCCAGUGAGAGAGGCCGGAGGAGCUGCCCCCCUAGGCUUUUGUAGAUUCUCUUUCACUCUGCCUAGAGAGGAAAGUGCUUUUGGGAGGGAGGGAGAAAGCCUUUAUUCUUAACCGUUGCCCCUGUUUUCCUUUGGGGGAAUUUACCCGUUUAGCAACCCCGCCUCGCCAUGCCCCUCAGGAAAGCCAUGUCCCAGUUUUCUGUCCACGCCCCCCCGUUGCUCUCCCCCCAGUCUCUGAUUCCCUUCCAGAGAACACUGACCCAGACCAUGCAUCCGUGGUCAUGAGUGUUUCCCCAGGAUAAUUCAUUCAGAGCGUGAUAUUACAGUGUUGACCGUCUGUCUGUAAGUAGAUGCCAUCUACUAAUCAAUUUGUAUCGUGUUUCCAAUAAAUUCCUGGAAAUUCUG